CAAUUAGUUAUUUCUCCUAUAUAUAUCGCCUCCUUCUCCCCCUUUCUUCAUUCAUUGUUAUUCUCUCUUUCCCAAUCCUGACUUCCUAGUUUACAAUUCUCUCAAGAUGCAGAUCUUUGUUAAAACUCUCGCCGGAAAGACGAUUACUCUCGAGGUGGAGAGCGCCGACACCAUCGACAACGUCAAGGCAAAAAUCCAAGACAAGGAAGGAAUCCCGCCAGAUCAGCAGCGUCUGAUCUUCGCCGGCAAGCAGCUUGAGGACGGCCGUACUUUGGCCGACUACAACAUCCAGAAGGAGUCAACUCUCCACCUCGUCCUCCGUCUCCGUGGAGGCAUGCAGAUCUUUGUCAAAACUCUCACCGGAAAGACCAUCACUCUCGAGGUGGAGAGCUCUGACACCAUCGACAACGUGAAGGCUAAGAUCCAAGAUAAGGAAGGAAUCCCGCCAGAUCAGCAGCGUCUGAUCUUCGCCGGCAAGCAGCUUGAGGACGGCCGUACUUUGGCCGACUACAACAUCCAGAAGGAGUCAACUCUCCACCUCGUCCUCCGUCUCCGUGGAGGCAUGCAGAUCUUUGUCAAAACUCUCACCGGAAAGACCAUCACUCUCGAGGUGGAGAGCUCUGACACCAUCGACAACGUGAAGGCUAAGAUCCAAGACAAGGAAGGAAUCCCGCCAGAUCAGCAGCGUCUGAUCUUCGCCGGCAAGCAGCUUGAGGACGGCCGUACUUUGGCCGACUACAACAUCCAGAAGGAGUCAACUCUCCACCUCGUCCUCCGUCUCCGUGGAGGCAUGCAGAUCUUUGUCAAAACUCUCACCGGAAAGACCAUCACUCUCGAGGUGGAGAGCUCUGACACCAUCGACAACGUGAAGGCUAAGAUCCAAGAUAAGGAAGGAAUCCCGCCAGAUCAGCAGCGUCUGAUCUUCGCCGGCAAGCAGCUUGAGGACGGCCGUACUUUGGCCGACUACAACAUCCAGAAGGAGUCAACUCUCCACCUCGUCCUCCGUCUCCGUGGAGGCAUGCAGAUCUUUGUCAAAACUCUCACCGGAAAGACCAUCACUCUCGAGGUGGAGAGCUCUGACACCAUCGACAACGUGAAGGCUAAGAUCCAAGACAAGGAAGGAAUCCCGCCAGAUCAGCAGCGUCUGAUCUUCGCCGGCAAGCAGCUUGAGGACGGCCAUACUUUGGCCGACUACAACAUCCAGAAGGAGUCAACUCUCCACCUCGUCCUCCGUCUCCGUGGAGGCAUGCAGAUCUUUGUCAAAACUCUCACCGGAAAGACCAUCACUCUCGAGGUGGAGAGCUCUGACACCAUCGACAACGUGAAGGCUAAGAUCCAAGACAAGGAAGGAAUCCCGCCAGAUCAGCAGCGUCUGAUCUUCGCCGGCAAGCAGCUUGAGGACGGCCGUACUUUGGCCGACUACAACAUCCAGAAGGAGUCAACUCUCCACCUCGUCCUCCGUCUCCGUGGUGGUAUGCAGAUCUUCGUCAAGACUCUCACCGUAAAAACCAUAACCCUUGAAGUGGAAAGCUCUGAUACCAUAGACAAUGUCAAGGCGAAGAUCCAAGACAAGGAGGGAAUCCCCCCGGAUCAGCAGCGAUUGAUUUUUGCUGGGAAGCAAUUGGAAGACGGCCGCACCUUGGCCGACUAUAACAUCCAAAAGGAGUCGACUCUUCAUCUUGUGCUGAGGCUUCGUGGAGGCAUGCAGAUAUUUGUUAAGUUCUAUGGAAACGAAAACGAAAGCGAAAGGACGAUAACCCUGGAUGUGCAGAGCACUGAUACGAUCGAUAAUGUGAAGGCUAAGAUCCAGGAGAGCGAGGGCAUUCCACAGGAGAAGCAGAGGCUUAUCUUCAGUGGGAAGCAGCUGGAGGAUACGUACGGCCGUACUCUUGCGGAUUACAACAUCCAGAAGGAGUCUACUCUUCACCUGGUUCUCCGUCUGAGGGGAGGCAUGCAGAUAUUUGUGAAGACAUUGACCGGAAAGACGAUUACGUUGGAGGUGGAGAGUUCUGAUACAAUUGAUAAUGUGAAGGCAAAGAUUCAGGACAAGGGGGGGAUUCCACCGGAUCAGCAGAGACUUAUCUUCGCCGGAAAGCAGCUGGAGGAUGGGCGAACUCUGGCUGAUUAUAACAUCCAGAAGGAAUCCACCCUUCACCUUGUGCUGCGUCUGCGUGGUGGUGAUUUCUAAGCAUGUGGUUUCUUUGUGUCCGUCUGUGUCGUUCUGAUUGAGUUGGAAUGGAAGUUUUCAUCCUAAUAUGGCCAUUAGGCCUUGGUAUUAAAUAAUUAUAGCAAUAAAUUUCUCGUAUUUAAUA